UCGAGCCUAAGUGCGGUAUGAUGUGGAACCAUACGCCCAUAUCGCCUUUCGUCCUAAACGAAAAGGAAAAGGAAAAGCAGAGGUUCGAAUCUUACCAGGCUCAAGGUUGACUCAGGCUUCCAUCCUUUCUAAGGUAGGUUAAAUGAGGACCCAGUUUGUGGGGGCAAUAGGCUGACUUUGUAUAAAUGUACACAAGUAUGAAGGCUAUAGCUUAACGCAUUGUAAGCCGCCCUGAGUGUCCGGAGGAGGGUGGCAUAUAAAUCAAAUUUAAAAAAAAAUAAAUUAUAAAUUAACAAUGUCUGUACCCUAUAAAGAAAAUUUGUACAAAAUGUUUUAUAGGUGGCACCUCCCACCGGCCAGACUGGCAAGAAUGUUCCCCAACAUUCCCCCAACAUGCUGGAAAUGUAAACUCCAUAAAGGAACUUAUUAUCACAUGUGGUGGACCUGCCCAGUGGCAAAACAAUAUUGGCUAACGAUCAGAAAACAAACAGAAGAAAUAACCCAACAAAGAAUAGAAAUGAGGCCAGAAACCUUUCUAUUAGGCAUAAUAAAUGGACAAUAUGAAAAGGAAAUAAAAUACUUAAUCAUUCAUAUAACAACAGCAGCACAAAUAAUUUUUGCACAAAAUUGGAAGAGUAGUGACAUACCAAUGGAAGAUAGAGUAAUUAGCAAAAUCAUGGAAUGUGCAGAAAUGGACAGACUCACAAAGGAAUUACAAAAUAGAGAGGAACACGAUUACUAUCUAGUAUGGGAAAAGUGGUACACCUGGUUGGAAGGCAGAAAAGGGAAAAAAGAUUAGGAAGUAAGUGGAGUGACCUAAUACAGAAAUAGGAACAUAAACUACGAACACAGGUUAACAAUGAACCACAAAGAUAGACAUAAGAGAUAGACUAAACAAUGAGGAGUCAAAAGCACAAAUAAGAACAUACAGCAUAGUUACGAUAAACUUGAUAUAUAUUUGAAUUUUUGUUUAUAUGUUUACAUGUUUUGUUUGUUUUAUUGUGAUUUGGUUAGUUUGUACUUUCAAAUAAAAAUUAAAAAAAAGAAAGAAAUCAUGAGAAGAAACCUUGACUUACAAAGGUAAAGAAAUUAUAAUUUUAAAACAAAUACCACGAAGGAUUAGCAAUCAAUGCCAACAAUAUCAAUUUUUAACAACACAACUGAUUAGGUACAAAGUAAUGUUUAGAUGGCUGACACCAGAUGGAAUUUUAAUUACAUGGCAAGAUAAAAAAAUAUAAAGUAGAUACAAUAGAGAAGGCAAGAGAAUUUUAUAAUCUACAUUUCACACAGGAAGAAGAGCAGGAAAGCAAAGAGGAAUGAGAGAGCAAAAGCCAGAAAGAAGAAGAAAUAGAGCGAGAAAGAGAAAUAAGAAAAACCCAGGAAAAAGAACGAGAGGAAAGAGAAAGAGUGAAAGCAAGAGACAAGAAACACUAAAAAACAACAAUAGCAAGCAAUGGAAGAGGCAAUUAAACUUUUUUCAGUAAACAUAAAUGGAUUAAAUGUACCAAAGAAAAGAACACAAACAUUUACAAAAUUAUAAAAAUUGGAAGCAGAUGUGAUAUGUCUUCAAGAGGUACACAUCAAAAAAGAACAUCAAAAACUAUUAGAGAAUCCAAAAAUAGGAAAACUACACAUCAUUGAUACAAAAAAAGAAAAGAGGAGUAGCAGUAUAUAUAAAAGAAAAGAUAAAAUCAAAGUUAAUCUAUGCAGAUGAAGAGGGUAGAAUUGUAAUGGUGGAAUUAGAAAUGGAAGGAAAAAAAUCAUUAUUAAUAGUAAUAUAUACCCCUAAUAAAAACCAACAUGAAUUCUUUAAAAAAAAUACAUAGCAAAGUAAUAGAUUUGGAAUAUGAAAAUGUUUGUCUAGUUGGAAGUUAUAAUGCCAUAGUAGAUGUUAAAAAAGAUUACAAGAGCAACAAGAAAAAUAAAAAAAGAAAAAGAAAGAAACACUACCAAAAGAAUUUUAUAAUAUGGUAUCGGAAUUAAAAUUGAGAGACGUAUGGAGAGAAAUACAUGACGACGAAAACCAAUACACAUUCUAUUCUUGCCCACACCAAUCUUGGUCCAGAAUAGAUAUGGCCUGGAUGACUGCAAAUAUUUGGAUUGGCUUAGAAACAAUAGAGAUAGGGGUAAAUGAAUGGGUGGAUCAUAACCCAAUAAUUAUUAAAUGGAAGGGACAAAAAGGAUUUAAGAGAUGGACCAUGAACCAAAAUAUAUGUAGAGAUAAAGAGUACAAACAAAUGUUAGAAAAUGAAUUGGACGUAUUCUUUACAAUAAACAAAAAAGAAGACACCUCCUUAGAAAACAUUUGGGACAUGGCAAAGGCAUAUAUACGAAGAUUGAGGAUUGUGUAUAUAGGAAGAAAAAAUAAAGAAAGGAGACAACAGCAAGAAAAACUAUGUGACGAACUAAAGAAAGCAGAAUAUAAAUUACAGGAAGAUCCCCAAAACAAAAAAGUAAAAGAGGAAAGGAACAUAAUUAAACAUAAAAUAAAUCUGAUAUCUCAAAAAGAAGUAGCCCAGAGAAUAAAAAUGGCAAAACAAAAUUAUUUUGAAUUCGUGAACAAAACUAGUAGAUGGCUGGCAUACAAACUGAAAAAAGAUAAAGAUAAAAGAAUGAUAUACCAACUCAAAGAUGGGUUAUGCAGUUCAGAAGAGAAGUCAAAAAGAAAAUCAUUCAAACAUUUUAUUCAAAUUUAUAUCAACAGGAAGAAAUAGAGGAAGAGAAAACAAUAUAUAGAAGGAUCAGAAAUGAAUAAAAUCACAGAAGAACAAAAAGAAAUACUAAAUAGACCAAUAACUAAACUGGAAAUAGAAUUGGCACUGAAAAAAAACAAAAAAAUAACAAAACACCUGGUCCGGAUGGGAUACCGGUGGAAUUAUAUAAAAAUUCACAGGAAAUAUUGGGAGAAAUAAUGUUAGAAUUAUACAGUGAUGCUCUGGAAAAUGCAAAAAUCUCAAAAACUUGGAUGGAAGCAAUAAUAACCAUUAUUCCUAAAGAUGAUACGGACCAGCAUUUAAUACAGAAUUAAAGACCAAUUUCUUUGUUAAACACAGACUACAAGAUAUUUGCAGCAAUUAUAGCUGAAAGAAUUUAAAAAAAAUUGAAUAACUAUAUACACCCAGAUCAAAAUGGAUUCCUUCCGGGGCGACAAAUCAAAAACAACAUGAGAAUAAUAAUAAAUACAUUAGAAUUCUACAAAGCACAAGCUUCACUGGUUUUCCUUGAUCCCCAAAAGGCAUUUGACAAUCUGAAUUGGAAAUUUUUAAUGGAACAACUAAAAUUUAUGCAAUUUGGGACAAAAUUUGAAAAAAAUGAUAGGGAAAAUUUAUACAAAAUAAACAGCAAGAAUAAUCAUGAAUGACGAUACAACAGAACAAUUUAAUAUAACAGAAGGGGUAAGACAGGGAUGCCCACUCUCUCCACUUUUGUAUAUAUUAACAUUGGAGAUGCUCUGAAAAAUGUUAGACAGGAUCAAGAAAUAAAAGGUCUAAGAAUAAAGAAUGAAGAAUACAAGGUUCAGACCUUUGCCAAUGACAUGGUGUUCAUAGUAGAAGAACCGCUAGAAUCAGGACCAAAAUUAAUUAAGAAAUUAGAAGAAUUUGGAGAAGUAGCGAGAUUUAAGAUCAAUAAAAACAAAUCAAAACUAAUAACCAAAAACCUUACUAAGAAACAAGAAAAAGAUUUGGAAAUUAAUACUCAAAUUCAAGUAACCAAGAAAAUAAAAUAUCUAGGGAAUUGGUUAAUAGCAAGAGGUUCCUCAAUCAAAGAGGAUAAUUAUGACAAAAUAGUAUUACAGAUUAAAAAGGAUUUGGAUAGUUGGAAAAAUUUGCAGAUAUCAUUAUUGGGAAGGAUUGCCACCAUCAAAAUGAAUAUUCUACCAAAACUGCUAUUCCUUUUCCAGGUUAUACCAAUAAAAUUGGAAAAAAAGUUCUUUGAAACAUUAAACAAAAUAAUUACCAAAUUUGUAUGGCAGGGAAAGCGACCAAGAAUCAUACUUAAAUUUCUACAGGAUACAAAAGACAGAGGGGGAGUAGCACUCCCAGAAUGGGAAUUAUAUUAUCAAGCUGCUGGCUUAACAUGGUUAAAGGAAUGGAUAGAACUAAAGAGAAUAUUAGUGAUAGAAGGCCAUGAUCUACAAGUAGGAUGGCACGCUUGCCUCUGCGAUGGAAAAUAUAAAAUACAUAGUUACUUUAAGAGACAUAUAGUAAGAAAUGCAUUAUUACAAAUGUGGUUGAAAAUUAAAAAACAACACUAUGCAAAAAUACCAAUUUGGUUUUCACCGACAGACAUAUUAAACAACCCAAAUUUAACAGAAUUAAAUACAAUAAUUAGAUACAAAGACCUAAUAGACCAACAAGGAAAACUGAAUUCAAAACAAGAACUGGAAUUGGAUUUGAACAGAGAUAUAGAUUGGUGGAUAUAUAUACAAAUCCAAUCCAAAUAUAAGAAGACACAAAAACAUAUGAAAUACAAAGAGAACAUCAUGAAUUGGAUAAAAUUAUAUUAGGGUCAGAUGAAAAACUAAUUAGCAAGAUGUACAAAUUUUUACUAAAUUAUAAAAUGGAAGAGGAGAUAGUGAAAGAUUCAAUGAUUAAAUGGGCACAAAACUUUAAUUAUACAAUAGAUUUGGAGAAGUGGGAAACAA